CGAUAUUAUCGUCAGGUCUCAGCAAUCUUGUAUUGAAAUUCAAUCGAAGACUAAGAAAAACGUAAUGCGAUAUAACCUUGUAUCGGUGGAUAGCGAUUCGCGUCUAAGUCCGAACAGAAGACCACUUCACUUGUUCAGCGUUUUGAUUGAGAUUCUAAUGGCUGGCACUGCCGGUGAAGUACCCACCAGGCAGCCGCCAAACGCGGUGUUGCCAGAUAGUAAAUGGUCAUGGCUCGUAGUAUGUGGCAACACGGUAAUCGGUAUCACAACGUUGGGCUUCUUUCGAUGUAUUCCUGUGUACUUUCGUCCAAUAAUGCUGGAAUUUGAUGCCGAGUUUGGAGACGUUGCUGCUAUCAUGGGAUUAUUUACGUUGGGAAUGGCUUUGGGAUGUUUCUUUCUUCCAUUUCUGACAUCAAAAUUUGGAAGUAAAAGAACAUGUUUGGCUGCUGGGUUUCUAUUAGGAAUCGCAAAUAUUGUAUCUUCACAGAGUCACACUCUUGUUUUGGUACAAAUAUUUCUCGGUUUUAUAUCAGGCUGCAGUGCCGGGAUUUUAUUUUUUACUUCAUUAUUUUCAUCAAGCCAGUAUUUUGUGAAACAUCGAGCUAAAGCGACUGGUAUAUCUACAUUAGGCCUACCUAUGGGUACUCUUGUCAUUGCGCCUAUUUUGGAACUGUUAACAACUUUAUACGGAUGGCGAGGAUCACUUUUAAUUGCAUCUGGAAUAUUAUUUCAUUCUUGCGUAUCUGCAAUGCUAUAUAGACCUGUGAUUUUAGCGCCGACGGCGCCACGUAGAAAGUCUACCCGUGGUUCUAUCAGUGGUAUUCGAAAGAAAAGCACGCCAACGGAACUAAAGGAAUUCUCAAAGUCGAAAAUUUCGUCUGAUUCACCACAAUUUGACGAUCACGACGAGAAAAAUCCAAUGACCAAACUAGUUACGCCAACGGAAAAGUCAGAUUUUGAAAUAACUCGAGAAAUGGAAGUGGCUUCCAAUGCCCAACAAAAUAAGAACAGUUGUAAUUCUACAUUCAAGAAUAAAGUUAAAUCUAUUAUCGACGUCGAACUUUUUAAACUUAUCUCCUACGAUAUUGGACUAUUGAGCUCCAUAUUCUACUGCUCCGGAUAUGUCGGAGCUAACACGUUCCUCAUACCAUACGCAUUGGAACAUGUCCACAUCGAUACUUUGCAGGCAUCCACUAUUUUAUCGUUAUUAGGUGGGGCAGAAUGCGUCGCCAAAAUCGUCACUGGGUUUUUGGGAGACGUGAAGUGCAUUAACAAGUGUAUUCUUUUGGCAAUCAUGGCGGUAGUAUGCAGUAUAAUUGUUGCUACAAUAACAGUCUGUGAAAGUUACCUAAGUCUUGCUGUAAUAACCUUUGCGUAUGGAUUAUUUGUGACAGCGUAUAUGGGAAUAAUACCAGUAAUAUUCUGUGAUAUAGUUGGACCAAAAAAACUGGCAACUGCAGUUGGAUAUCAGGGAUGUAUUUAUAACAGCUUUCUCGCGUUAUACCUUUAUCUAAUGGGUCGUUUGGUGGACAGAACCGGUGAUGUCCGACAGCCAUUUUAUUCUUGCGCUACUUUAAUCGGUUUGACAUCAUUUUGUUUAAUUGCUAUAUUCCUAUUGGAGAGACGACAAAAGAAAGUCAACAAAAUGUUAGCAGACAUCGAGUCUUAAUAACUGGAAUUACUAUGGCCGCGGCGAGGACUAUAGUUGUUUGGAUAAUGACUUAUAGUUAGGGCUGGGCAUUUCGAAUCGAAAAGUAAUUAUACGGUUCAAAGUAAAAUUUCCAAUCUCCGCCAUCUUUUUUUUUCUUUCCGCCAAGGUGAAUUCCUCAAUUUUUUUUAUUGAAGCAAUAUUUUGUUAACGCAAUAUGACUAUUUUCUGUAGUGAGUUAUUGCUAAAACGUGUUUCUUAUUGUGGGUGAACGCUCAGAAAUCUGUCAUAAUGACUUAUUCUAUGUUUUCAGUAAUUGAUUUGUUGACAGGACCAAUUACAAUGAAAUAAACGCAUACAAUUUUAUAUCUACCAAGUAUUCGAGAUUCGACUCGAAAAAAAAUAUUCGAUUCCAUUCUGAAAUCAUCAGGUAUUCGCAAAUGCCCAGACCUACUUGUAAUGCGUGUUAUGACUUUUUUAAUGGCGAGAUGCAAUUGAUAAUUUUUAUGGAAAUCUUACACCAUUGAAUUUUCUAUUUAUCUUUUCUGAGAAAUUUUCGUACUGUGGAGAAAUAUAGAAAUUAAAUGUGUGG